GCGCCCCCGCCAGGCAGUUGCGGCAGGCGCGCACCUCACGCAGCCCGGACGUCGUGGGAGCGGCGGCAGGCGGCGCUGUGCCGGGGCCGGGGCGCCCAGGCGAGGCCGCCGUGGUCGGCGCUAGACCGGCCAUGCUGCGCUGGCUGUGGGGCUGUGUGCUGCCCGCGGCGGCCUGCCAGAAUAAUGACGAUUACUUACGCUACGGCAUCCUCUUCGAAGACCUGGACCACAACGGGGACGGCGUGGUGGACAUCUUGGAGCUCAAGGAAGGGCUAAAAAACUGGAGCUCCUCGUUUGGGCAGAACUCGGAGAUGGAAAUUCUUCAGGCUGGGGAUAAAAAUGCUGAUUCAGGAUUGGACUUUGAAGAAUUUGUGCGAUAUCUUCAAGACCAUGAGAAAAAAAUGAAGCUUGCAUUUAAUAGUCUGGACAGAAAUAGUGAUGGAAUGAUAGAAGCUUCAGAGGUAAUUGCUGCUGUGAAAUCAUUGGGUAUAGAUAUUUCUGAAGUUCAGGCAAACAAGAUUCUGAAAAGCAUUGACGCUGAUGGGACAAUGACAAUAGACUGGGAUGAAUGGAGGGACUACUUUUUACUUCAUCCUGCAUCAAAUAUCAAUGAAAUUAUUCGUUUCUGGAAGCGUUCUACAGCAGUUGACAUUGGAGAGAGUAUAGCCAUUCCAGAUGAAUUUACUGAACAAGAAAAGCAGUCUGGAGAUUGGUGGAAGCGUUUGGUGGCAGCAGGAAUAGCUAGUGCCGUCGCAAGGACAUGCACAGCACCUUUUGACCGCUUGAAAGUCAUGAUGCAGGUUCAAAGUUUAAAGACAAGGAGAAUGAAAUUGAUUAGUGGAUUUGAGCAGAUGGUAAAAGAGGGAGGUAUUCUUUCUCUUUGGCGAGGAAAUGGUGUAAAUGUUUUUAAAAUUGCACCAGAGACAGCAAUCAAGAUUGGGGCCUAUGAGCAGAAUAAAGAGGAGGAGUACAUGACAAGCAUCUUCAAGGUGAUGUUGCAAAAGUAUAAGAAAUGGCUUAGUUUUGAUGAUACUCGUAUAGGAAUUCUUCAAAGAUUUAUAUCUGGUUCAUUGGCUGGAGCAACUGCCCAGACCUGUAUUUAUCCCAUGGAGGUACUGAAGACCAGGUUGGCAGUAGCUACGACAGGAGAGUAUUCAGGGAUCACUGAUUGUGGCAAGAAGCUUCUGAAACAUGGAGGUGUCAGAACAUUUUUCAAGGGUUAUCUCCCUAACAUGCUGGGCAUCGUACCAUAUGCAGGCUUAGAUCUUGCUGUUUAUGAGCUUUUGAAGAAUUAUUGGCUAGACCACUAUGCAGAAAACUCCGUUGAUCCUGGGAUAAUGAUUUUGCUGGGCUGCAGUACAUUAUCUCAUACUUGUGGCCAAUUAGCCAGCUUCCCUCUGAACCUCAUUAGAACUCGCAUGCAGGCUGAAGCCCUGGCAGAAAAGGAAACAACACCAAUGAUUCAACUCAUUCGAGAAAUAUAUAAAAAAGAAGGAAAAAAGGGAUUUUUUAGGGGCAUCACCCCUAACAUCAUAAAGUUGCUUCCUGCAGUAAUCAUCGGCUGUGUGGCUUAUGAAAAAGUGAAACCAUACUUUGGAUUAAAAUAGAAAUGCAAAAUACCAAAUUGUUGUCAUUGACAUAAUCAUCAAAUUGUAGGAUAAUUCCUGAAUUAUAAAGAGAUCUUAUCCUAAAAGAAAAUGUAUUAAAUUAUUGUUAAA